CCAAUUAGUUUUGUGUUUACAAUUUUAAAAGAACGCUAAUUGUUGUACACAAUUUAAUUUUUGCUCCACUGUCGCUCCAAAACAACCUUUGUCAAGGCAAAUUCACAACUAGACCACUAGAAGCAACAGAAUUAUGGAUAUGGAACAGUCUGUGACUAGCUCAGAUCAUGCUGAUAACAUCGUAACUCAAAAUUACCUCGAAGAAUUACUGGACCAAGUGAUAACACUGAAAGCAAACGUUGCUGGGAAGGAGUGUGAAAAAAAUAAAACUUCAGCUGAGCUGGAUAGUCUUACGAGCAAAAUCCAGCAAACUGUUGUGACUGCAGCGGAAUUGAAAUCCAAACAUGUCCUUUCCCCCAAGCAACCAAAUGUGGACCCUUGCCAAGAAAUAUCAAAGGAGCCUACUAACUUUAAGGAACAGUUCAAUCAACUACAACAAAUUUUAGGGAUAACAAUCGAUUGUUCUCCUGAGAAAAAACUAUUUGAGAUUACGUUCAAUGAUGCACAGAAAUCCCGAGUAUCCUUCACAUACAAUGCGAAAGGAAUUGAAAUCGAAGAAAUGCAUCCAACCCAUCCAAAUUUCGAAGCUAUUCGUGACAACCUGCGGGAGACGGGAGAUUUGCUUGGAUUCCUAACGAUAUUCAGUAGAAGACUAAUGAAUGCUUAGCCAGCUUAAAACUAAACAACUAAGGUGAACAUUUCUUACAAAGGGUGACAAUAUUCGUUAAACAAUUGUUUUGAUAAGAUGCACGGUAGUUUCCAUUCUUUUAAAAUAAAUAUUCUUUAUU